AAGCAGCAAGAAGCCAACAGAUUGGUUAUCUUAUCACUGCACCUCCAAGCUGCUGGCCAUGGAGAUGGAGCGCUGGUUAAGCUUGUAUUUCAUAGGCAUAUCCACGGUGCUAGCCCUGUGGUUUCUCAUAUUCUUUGGCAGCAAGAGAAACCCCAAGAAGAAGCAACUCCCUCCCGGGCCGUGGACUCUCCCGAUCAUCGGAAGCCUCCACCACCUCGUCGGUGACCUCCCACACCGCAGGAUGAUGAAGAUGUCUCGCCAGCAUGGGCCGCUGAUGCACCUCAGGCUAGGUGAGGUUCCAACGGUAAUCGUUUCCAGCGCUGAGGCAGCGGCAUUGGUUAUGAAGACCAACGACCUCGACUUCGCAAGCCGGCCCCGCAGUCCGUUGCAGGAUAUCAUCAGCUGUGGCGGUAUGGGCAUCAUCUUCGGCCCCUACGGGGAUCGGUGGCGCCAGAUGCGCAAGAUCUGCAUCGUGGAGCUCCUCAGUUCCAAGCAGGUGAGGCGUAUGGAGGGCAUCAAGGCCAACGAGGUAGGUAACCUGCUCCAUUCCAUGGCCACCGCCGGUGCUACCGUAAAUGUCAGCGCGAAGAUGGCAACACUCAGCAGCAAUGUCGUGACGCGGGCAGUUUUCGGCGGCAAGUUCACACGGCAGGAUGAGUACCUCCACGAGCUAAGCAAUGUCAACGAGCUUAUGGGCAGCUUCUGCCUCGUGGACCUUUUCCCGUCAUCGCGGCUGGUGCGGUUGCUCAGCAAUUGUGAGCGCCUUAUGAGGAGGAGCUAUGGCCGUAUCCAACACAUCAUCACUGAGAUCAUCGAGGGGCGCAAGGCUGCACGAGCUGCUGGUGGCCAUGCCUGCAGCACCAACGAUGAGGACCUACUGGACGUACUACUCCGGCUGCAGCAAGAGGACUCAUUGACCUUCCCUCUAACCACAGAGAUUAUCGGAGUCGUCAUUUUUGACAUAUUUGGAGCUGCUACUGAGACCACAGGAACUGCAGUGGACUGGGCUAUGUCAGAGCUAUUGAACAACCCUGAAGCAAUGGGUAAAGCACAACGAGAAGUCCGGGAAGUGCUAGGCCAAGGUCGACAUGUCAUCAAAAGUACCGACCUCAGUGAGCUCCGAUACAUGAAGAUGGUCAUCAAGGAGGUGUUAAGGUUGCAUCCUCCGGCUCCGUUGCUCGUCCCCAGAGAGACGAGAGAGGACUCUCAAAUCAUGGGCUAUAACAUGUCUAAAGGCACUAAUAUCUUUGUUAAUGUCUUUGCAAUUUCUCGUGAUCCCAAAUAUUGGGACAACCCUGAAGAGUUCAAGCCGGAGAGGUUUGAGAACAGCAGCGUCGAAUAUUAUGGGACGCAUUUUGAAUUCACUCCUUUCGGCGCUGGGCGAAGGCAAUGCCCUGGGAUAUUGUUUGCCAUGUCGACUGUGGAGAUUGUCUUGGCAAACGUACUCUACCACUUUGACUGGGUGCUUCCUGGAGGGGCAAGUGCAGAGUCAAUGGAUAUGUCUGAGAAAUUUGGGGUCAGUGUAAGGAGAAAAUUGGACUUGCAGCUGAUAGCCAUUCCAUAUAAAUGUUCCAAGGCUAUUUCGAUAUAGACAUGGCAAUGC